GUGCCCGGUUAAGCGGCGGGUGGGGGGGGCGGCGGGAGCGCGCGGCGGCGGCGGCGGGGUCUGAGCGCGGCCCCCAUGGAGCUACUGCGGAAAUGGCUGGGCCACCCCGAGGACAUCUACAACCUGCUCCGCUUCAAGAUGGGCGGCUACCGCGCCGUCAUGCCGCGGAUGGACACGGACUCGCUGGGAUGUGGCCUCCGAACCUGCUACCGGUACCUCAACCAGACCAGCCGCAGCUUCGCCGCCGUCAUCCAGGCUCUGGAUGGAGAGCUGCGCCAUGCAGUGUGUAUAUUCUACCUGGUUCUCCGUGCCCUGGAUACUGUAGAGGAUGACAUGAGCAUCCCUUUGGAUGUCAAGGUCCCGAUGCUGCACGAGUUCCACUCCUAUCUCUACCAGCCAGACUGGAAGUACACAGAGAGCAAGGAGAAGGACAGGCAGGUGCUGGAAGACUUCCCAACGAUCUCCAUGGAGUUCAGAAAACUGUCCAAAGUCUACCAGGAUGUGAUUUCAGAUAUUUGUCACAAGAUGGGUGUUGGGAUGGCAGAGUUCUUGGAGAAAAAGGUGGAUUCUCAGCAUGAGUGGGACAAGUAUUGUCACUACGUUGCUGGGCUGGUGGGGAUUGGCCUCUCCCGUCUCUUCUCUGCAUCAGAGCUGGAAGAUUCCAUCGUGGGGCAGGACACAGAGCUGGCAAACUCCAUGGGCCUCUUCCUGCAGAAAACCAACAUCAUCCGUGACUACCUGGAGGACCAGAUGGAGGGAAGGGAGUUCUGGCCCAGAGAGGUUUGGAGCAGAUAUGCGAAGAAGCUCUCAGACCUUGCCAAGCCAGAGAACAUCGACGCGGCCGUGCAGUGCCUCAAUGAGCUCAUCACCAACGCCCUCCACCACGUCCCCGACGUCCUCACCUACCUGUCCCGCCUCAAAAACCAAAGUGUCUUCAACUUCUGCGCUAUCCCCCAGGUGAUGGCCAUUGCCACGCUGGCUGCCUGCUACAACAACCAGCAGGUGUUCAAGGGGGUGGUGAAGAUCCGCAAGGGCCAGGCUGUCACCCUCAUGAUGGAUGCCACCAACAUCCAAGCUGUCAAAGCCAUCAUGUACCAGUAUGUGGAAGAGAUCUACCAGAAGAUGCCGAGCACGGACCCCUCGUGCCGCAGGACGCAGCAGGCGAUUGCCGCCAUCCGCGCCGCCAGCCUGCCCGCCGGCCCCAUGGCCUCCCGCCACCACUACUCGCCCAUCUACCUGUCCUGUGCCAUGCUGCUGGCUGCCCUGAGCUGGCAGUACCUCAGCACCCUCUCCAAGGCCACCGAGGAGUACGUGCAGGCAGGGGACAACUGAAGGGCACCGCAGGGUGGGGGGAUGAUGGUGGCAGAUGGGUGGCAGGAGGUCACUCAGUUGUGGGGGUGGCCCAGCACUGGGAUGGUGACAAGGAUGGGACACUGGGGAGCUGCAGCCCCCUGGGGUGCCAGUGUGGCACUGCUGGACUCCAUCCUCACUGCCCUUGCUGGCUGCAAAUGCUGACUGGAGUCUCAGUGUUUGGGGUUGAGUGGUUUUUUCCCCCUUCUUUCCUGUUUACCUGAAUAUUUUUGGUGAUUUUUUGUUUGUUUGUUUUGGUUUUUUUCCCAUUAGGAUGGUUUGAAAUAGAAACUCCAGUUGUUUCUUUUCUUCCUUGAGAUUUGAGGCAUCUUUCCAGCUCAGAGCUGAGCAAAACCCUGAAGGUUUUGCCUCCCUUUCUUAAGCAGGCUCUUCUCCCUCACCUCUGGUGCCUGCUCCAUGCUGGAAAGAUGCUGCUUCAGCUGGGAGAGGAAUGUGCUUCCUUAUCCAAGGAAAAAGCUCUGGCCACUUUCUGGCCCUCAGUGAUUGACAUCCUGCAGCCUGGAAGCAGGCAGAUUGCAGCCACAUUUCUGUUGUGCUGAAGGAUGCUGAAAUGAGCCCUUUUAAUGUUAAAUAUAUGAGAGGUGAGGUACUCUGUCCACCUGAAUGUGCUCCCAGCUGAAAGGCAGCUGUGCAGCUGGGACAGAUGGCCCCUGCAGUGACACAGAUCUUGUCUUCAGCAGUGGGGAAAUGAUUAAAAUGAGAAGGGAGCUGCCAGCACAGCCCUGAGCUCACAGCAGGCUCUGGGCCCUGCACUGACCCAGCCCAGGGCAUGGGUGGCAGAGCAGGGCAGGGGAGGGAGGGUUUGCACCCUGCUGUCCCUCCUGGGAUGCUUUUUUAGGGUGGCAUUGCUCACCCUGGAAGGGAGGAGUGAUCCCUGCCAGGAGCUGGGCAGGCUGGAGCCACCAGGGGGUAACCAGGGCAGGUUUCCCUGACCCACUUGGCUGUGGCUCUGGGUCAGAGUGAUGUGUGAGCUGCAGGAGGCUCCCACUGCUGUCUACAAACACGUCAGGCUGGCCUCACAAGAGGAAACAGCACUCUGAAGGCAAGUCCUGUUCUCCUGGGGUGGAUUGUUGUUUGCAAGGUCCCUACCCACCCCUUCAAAUGCUGCUUUGCUGUCCUGAAGGGAAGGAGAGCUGAAAUCCUGGUCUAGGACAGAGCUGCCAGGUGCAGGGUGGUGGCUUUGCAAGGCCAAGCCCUGGUCAGGCUGUUACUCAGAAGGAGAGCCCCUACUCCACAGUUCCUGGUGUAGAUUUAAGCUGUUGUUCAAAAGAAACUCGUGGUAGCUCUCUUUGUGCAGCUUCCAGUCUUGUUGAAAUUAAAAGUUUUCUUUGGAAA